AUGAUGCUGCAGUGGCCUGCAGACAGUCAGGCUGUGGUCCUGCUCUGGGUGCUCCACAAUCAGCCCACUUUGGCCAGGGGACUGGACAGAUCUGGCUUGAUAAUCUGGGCUGCUCUGGAAGUGAAUCUUCUCUUGCUGUGUGUAGGCACAGAGGAUUUGGGACUCACGAUUGUGUACAUGGAGAAGAUGCUGGUGUCAUCUGUUCAACUCAAUCGUCCUCAGAACAUGAGUACUUGCCUCUCUCUGACGCGCUGCCGUCUCCUUGGAUCCACAGACUUCCCUCAAAGAACACGAUCAACGGUGGUUCUAGAGCAAAUUUACAGGUGGGGCCAGUGUGUCCUCAUGGGGCCACGGGACAAGGAUAAUCUGAUCAGAUUAUCUGGAUCAAACGAGCCAUGUUCUGGAAGAGUUGAAAUCUACCACAAUGGCUCCUGGGGAACAGUCUGUGAUGAUGGUUGGGACCUAAAUGAUGCUGCGGUGGCCUGCAGACAGCUGGGCUGUGGUCUUGCUCUGGGUGCUCCACAAUCAGCCCACUUUGGCGAGGGGACUGGACAGAUCUGGCUUGAUGAUGUGGUCUGCUCUGGAAAUGAAUCUUCUCUUGCCGUGUGUGGCCACAAUGGAUUUGGGACUCACAAUUGUGGACACCAUGAAGAUGCUGGUGUCAUCUGUUCAAAUCAUUCAAUCAGAUUAUCUGGAUCAAACGAGCCAUGUUCUGGAAGAGUUGAAAUCUACCAUAAUGGCUCCUGGGGAACAGUCUGUGAUGAUGGUUGGGACCUAAAUGAUGCUGCAGUGGCCUGCAGACAGUUAGACUGUGGUCCUGCUCUGGGUGCUCCACCAUUAGCCUACUUUGGCCAGGGGACUGGACAGAUCUGGCUUGAUGAUCUGGGCUGCUCUGGAAAUGAAUCUUCUCUUGCUGUGUGUGGCCACAGUGGAUUUGGGACUCACGAUUGUGGACAUGGAGAAGAUGCUGGUGUCAACUGUUCAA